AAAUUUGCGCUGUGACGUCACCGGAAAGCGCUUACUCAAACAUAAAAGUAUUGUUGUUGGAAUUUGUUAUAGGAAAUCGCCCGUUUGGGGCCUUAACUUCACUAUGUCGAGGUCUGCACGGAUGCCACACCGGCAGCAGAACGGUAUGGUGGAAGUAAAAAGCAAGUUUGAUGCAGAGUUCCGAAGAUUUGCUAUUGACAACAGUAAAAGGUGUGAGUUUACCCAGUUUGAGGCAACUCUUGGGAAAAUCCACAGUCUUGAGGACAUUCCUUUUAUCGUAACAUACACAGACAGCAAUGGAGAUCUACUGCCAAUCAACAAUGAUGACAACUUUUACAGAGCUGUCACCAUGGCCAAACCUCUAUUGCGGGUCAUGAUUCAGCGCAAAGGAGAGAGUUACGGUGAAGCCAAUGGUUAUGGUACACUGGGCGUGAAGCGGCGUAACCCAAUUAGCAAGCUAAUGAAUGCCGAGGCCCCUCCUAAGCCUCGAAUCAACAUAAGCAUGCCGGAAGACUUCCGAAGGGUGUCAGCCAUCAUUGAUGUUGAUGUUGUUCCCGAAACUCACCGGCGCGUGAAGCUCAUGAAGAACGGCUCUGACAAGCCUUUAGGAUUUUAUAUCCGUGAUGGCACCAGUGUGCGUGUCACACCCCAUGGACUAGAGAAAGUGCCUGGCAUUUUUAUUUCAAGACUUGUGCCUGGUGGCCUGGCCGAGAGCACAGGUCUUUUGGCUGUGAAUGAUGAGGUAUUGGAAGUAAAUGGUAUUGAGGUCGCAGGUAAGACCCUCGACCAAGUCACAGACAUGAUGGUAGCUAACAGCUCCAAUCUCAUCAUAACGGUUAAGCCAGUCAACCAGCGAAUGACCCUUGCACCGAUGCGUGGUUCAUCAGCACGCACCUCACAAAUGUCCACUGGUUCGCAAAAGUCACAGGGCUCGUACCAUUCCUCCAAGUCAUUCGACAGUGACAUUCCCUUGAUUCACGAGCAGGAGGACGAAGAUGAUGAAGUUGAGGAUCACCUGACCAAACAAAGUGAUGACCAUUUCGGACGAGGAAGUGACCACGAUCUUAGUCAACACAGCGACACCAGUAUCGACACAGAAAGCAAAGACAGUGCUGUUGUAACCUUAUAGGACUUCGCCUGCUAACGCAUGUCAUAAUUGAUCAUAAACAUAACAUGUUUUAUAUGUAAAGUUAAAUACUAGCUCCAUACCCGGCAAUGUAACUGUUAAGCUGCAGUGGCUGGGCUAAAAUAUGAUGUAGCUGUUUUUUUUAGUGCCCUCAGACUCUUUUUAAAGUGAAAUCAUGUGAUAUUUGGCACUGUUAGACCUACAGAGGUAUUUUUAGUCCCAUCUCUAGUGAAAGGAACUUUUCUUUUUUAAGAUAACGAUCAGUUUUACCUUAAUGUGAUGGAGGACGUGUAGUGAAUGCGACACAUUUUCUGGCUGCAAUCAUGUUGUUGUAGAUCUAUUGUUAUGUUUUAUACCUGGAAUUGGUCUCACAAUCUGCUUCCCUGGCAAUUUCGUAAACCACACUGUUAUUGAUUUUGUUUUGCUUUGGGAUUUUUGCACAAAGGUAAAGGUACUCUCUCUUGCAACUUAUCUUGCAUGCUGGAUAAUUUUUAGAAAAAUUUGAAUAUUUUUUUAAUUUUCUUGAAAAGGUGAAUGUGAUGCUUGUUAAAAUUUAGAAUACUUAUUUUUUUUUUAGAGUACUUUAUUGAAACAUUGUGAUGUCUUAAUGUUGGCAGACAAAGACAGACAAAAAAAUAUUUACACCAAAUGCUGUUUAAUUUUAUGAUAUAUAUAAGGAAUUGAAAAUUCAAUUUGAAACAUGAAAAAUGUAAUCAUUACACUUCUGUUAUGAUGACAGUACUUGAAGUGUUUGUCAUAAUUAUAUAAUUUCUGCCUUAUUCAGGAGUUGGUAAUUUUUUUUCUCCAUUUUCUGGAGUAGGGCACAUUAUACAUUUCACAGCAGUGACACAUGCAUUUGAUAAUUUUUUAUGAUGCAUACUGUGUACAUAUAUAUAUACAUCAUACAUGUACAUAUAUGUAAAUUUAUGCUAAUCAUGUUGAAAAUAAUUAAUAUUAUUGGUGAUCAAGUUGAGCAAAGUAAGUCUACGGUGAUGAGGAAGAUUGUACUGAUAAUCAUUUUAAUUUUAAAACUCAGCUUCAGUAAACAUCAGGACUGGGCUAAUUUAUUCUAGAUUUGCCGUCUGUAUCUUAAAAUUUAAAAUCAUCUUGAAUUUUGCAUGGCAUGUAUAUGUCUGUUAAUUUGUAUACAGCUUUAAAAACAUAUCAUUAAUUGAUACUUAAUUAACAUUUAUUUCUAGUUAAUGUAAGCGGACUACUUUGUCUAUAAACGAGGAACAAAAUAUUUCAUUUUUUGAAAAGUCAGUUUAAUUAAAAAAAUAUUAUGGAAUUAACGAAGAACAAGUAUUUUAUUUUCUUGAUAAUCUGUUGUAUAAUUUUUUUUUUUCAUGGAAUCCAAAAAAUGAAUACAAAUGUUAUUUUCCCUAACUCUUAAUACACUCAUGCAUGAUCAAAGUAGAAUAGGGGUAUAGUGAGUCAAUAAAAGGACAAUGCCAUAGCAUUUGUUAACAUUUUUACUGAUUAAAUGCAAUACACAUGACUAGGGUUAAUACCAGGCAUAGACUCAUUGUCGGAUAAGAAACUGCUGAUUUAAUACAUAAAAUGAAAAGAGUCUGUGGAAACAGUUAUAUAUAGUUCCUGGCUACUUCAAUCUUGUGGGGGGGCCGCAGUGGCCGAGUGGUUAAGGUGUCCCGACACUUUAACACUAGCCCUCCACCUCUGGGUUGCGAGUUCGAAACCUACGUGGGGCAUUUGCCAGGUACUGACCGUAGCCGGUGGUUUUUCUCUGAGUACUCAGGCUUUCCUCCACCUCCAAAACCUGGCACAUCCUUAAAUGACCCUGGCUGUUAAUAGGACGUUAAACAAAAUACACCAAAUCAAUCUUGUGGUACCAAAUCUGUGGUAAUCAUUACAUCCUGGUUGUGCAAUUUACUAUUCUGACAUAUAUGUGCAACAAUCUUCAACAAGUUAAACCUGAAGAGUUAAUGAAGUGCUUAAUUGGAAAGAAGCAGAAUUAGUUUCUCACUUAAUUUGAAUACGAUAAUUUAAAAUAAUACAAUAUUUUUAAUGAUUUUACAAUGUUUGGUAAUGUUUAUGUAUGUAAAAUUACAGGCUUUUUAUGACAUGUUAAUGUAAUUAUUGACUUUUAAGAUAAUUUUUAUUAUUAUUUCGAUAAUUAUCUGCGUGUAUAUACAUGCUUUCUGUCGUUAAUGAAAUAUGAAUAAGAAACAAGGUUUAAAUUGAAAAAUAUGCUGAGAGAUAGUAAAAACUUAAUAUUUGAAUAGAGAGCAACAUUUAGUAUAUAAAUGCCAUGGAUUGUAUACAUAUUUCAGGGGUUUUCAAGUGCUAGUUAACCUAAACUAUUUGUGGAAUUUGUCAAACAACAAAACAUUUGAGCAGAUCUAGAGAGGCAUUCACUUUCAUUCUAAGUUCUUUGGUCAUUGUUGGAUUAGAAGGAAGGUGCACCUAUAGGCUUGAUGGCUGUUGUAUAUUUCCUAGCAAAUAUCCUGUACAUAACGAAAGUCUUUUAUAAACACUAUCAUUACAUAUCUUUUUCACAAAAGCAAGAAGUUAGUGAUUCAUUAUGGCCUUCUCUUGUUUUUCGUGCAGUCAGAGUUAUCUCCCUUGCACUGUAUGAUGUCUUUAUUUCUAACUGAUCAUGUAUUUUGUUACAGUUAAAAAAAAGAGGAAAAAGAAACAAUUGGUUGAAAAAUUAUAUAUAUUUCUGUCCUCUGAUCACUGUGACAAAAUGAUACAAUUUUUAUAACAAAACAUAUCUUUUUGAUGAACAAAAAAAUGUAAAUGUUAGUAAUAUAUCGGCGUUGGGAGUAUUGAUUGUCCUCUUCAUUUUGGCAGUUAGAAAGUGCAAAAAGAAAGAUAAAAACAGUCCUCAGACCACUCUGUUCAUAUGACAAAUCAUCUUUGUGAUGAUGCCCAUAAAUCACUCUGUUAAAACUGUCUUAUAUUUUUACAUACAUGUAUUAUACACAUUGUACACAACCAUGUACUCAUAGUUAUGACGUACAGCAAGUACCUAGCACAGGCACUAGGCACAUUUACACACUUAAUUCUCCCAUGUGUUGGCUUAUAUAUAGCAGCCAACCUCGAAAAGUAAUUGUGACUGGUACCUGUGUUGUCUAGCUAAAAUUAUUAUAUUCCGUUCUAUACAUUCCUAUGGUAUACACGACCAUUUUUUUUUCGUUUCAUUUUUCAGUUUUAAGAAAUUUAUUGCAAUCUUAUAUAUUUAUAUGUUCUUUUGUUGACUUGAGCAAGCUAAGAAAUGAGCUGAUAGUGUUGGAUGAACUUGGCUCUGGUAAAACAGGAAAUUUACUAGUCAAAGUAAAUGCUGCAUGGUGGACAAAUAUUUGUUUUGAGGGACAGUUAAUGUUGAAGCUGCACCAAAAUAGCGAUCCAUAAAUUAGAAUAGAAAGUAAAAUGAAGUGUAAUAAGUCUGAAUGAUCCCAAGCAAUUUAUUGUAUCAUAUUAAUCAUCUGAAAUCUAAAGUAUAUUGGGUGAAGUGGAUAGAUAUACAUGUACAUGUAGUCAGAAUCAUUCAGAUCUACUAAUCAGAAAAGUGAUGUUUUUAUCUAGUAUUACAAUAUUUUGAUGUUUCGUUUUGAAAUUUUUGACCCCAAAUUUUUUUUUCCAGAUUUUCUGGAAAUUUAGACAUUUUUUGGCCAUUACCUGAAGUUUUGGUUCUUGCAGGCAAGCACAGACCAAUUAAUAUGUAAACAAUGUGCUGGAAUCAAGUUCGGGGAGGUUAUAAAGUACUUGUAAACAACUUCAAACUUGGACUAUUCACAGUUUUAUAUAGGUUUAAAAUGUCAGCAUUUUAUUGUGUUAUAAUUUUCUUCGUUAAUGUGUUUAAACUUUAUAUCUCGAUUUGAAAUGUGAAAUUUAGUUAUUUUUUUCACAAUUUAUAUCUUUAAUCAAGGAUAUAUUUUGCAUGACUCCAAAAAAAGAAGAAUUUUUUUUAUUUGUUCUUAAACAUUAAAAAGUAAUCACUGGCUUCUAUGGGGUUUAGGAAUAGUAAUCUUUUUUUACUGAAGGUUUUUCGCAACUCUGAAUCAUAUACAUGUAUACAGUCAUCUAUUCUUCAUUUUGGUGAAAAAAGUUAUCAAGUUCGUAAUAUUCAGAUUAAAAUAUCCAUGCGGAAAUGGAUGAUUACAGUUUGCUAUGUACAAUGUACAUGUAUAUGAUGUAUCCCUCAAUAAGCCCAGAGGGUAUUCAUAAACAUUGGCUAAAAGUAGUAGGACAGGUUUAUCACAGAAUGACACAAUAGAUCUUGUUUGCGUUUGUACUGAAGUUGAAUAUACAUAAGUGGAUUUAUUUCUAGAGAUGGCCAUGGGCCUAUUGUGGAAUAAAUAAUUAUAUAAUUCAACAUAAAAUCGGAAAGUGACCGUGUCAUAAAGUUUACAUUGGUACAGUAGAUAAUUGCAGUCUUGUAGAUAUAGACAUAUCGUAUAUAUACAUGUAAGAGAGAGAGUUUAUAUAUUAAUUAAGGUAGUAUCAAAUUAAUGCCUGAUGUAAAUAUUGUAGUUUAAAUUGUGUACCUCUAUGAUUAGUAUACAUGCAUGUCUGAAAUAGGGAGCAUAUAAUUAAGUUUUAUUUUAAAAUGAUGUCCAAUUUAAUUGAAGCUGAAUAAUUUCUUGGUAAAAUUUCAUAGUACAUUGUAUUUACCCUUCAAUAAGCCCAAAGGGCCAACAUGAAACCUCUAAUAGUAAGAGAAUGGGCUUAUUACAGGGCAAUGAAAUUAUAUCUUUUGAGUUCUCUGAACAGCAAUAAUUAGAUAUAUGUUGGCUUAUUACCAGGGAUGGGCUUAAUGCCAGGCGCGGAGUAAUUUGCAAUCCGUUAUAUACACUUUUUAUAGCAACAUGAUUUCGAAAAAGAUUUCUAGGCUUCCCCAAAUAAUUUUUUGUCCUUUUUAGCAAAAGUUAGGGGAGGUCAAUGGGAAAUAAUUGAAAUCUGGAUUUCGAACUUUAAAUAACCACAAAAUUAUUAUGUUUGCAGGAAGGGUCUACUUUUGAAGUUUCGAUUUUCGAUUGUUCUUAUUGUCGUCCAGUUUGACACAAAACGUGAGAUAAGCUGGACUUUUCUUACGCUUGUUCACAACGAGCUUUCCUGAACUUUCUUAAUAUUCUUGUUCUUUCUAAGAAGUUCAUAUUUUUAUACAAAAGUUUUUUUAAUGAGAAAAGAACACAUGCAGUAAUAUAUACAUGUUCAUUUGUGACUUUUAAAACAUUUAUCAAUUGUUAUUUUGAGAUAAUAGGGCAUCAGCCUGUUUUUAUGUGACUAAUUUGUGGUUGUGAUUUUAUAUCUGGGACUUACGAGCUUUCGUUACAAUUAUGAAAUUGUACAUUUGUACAUAUUUCCUCUUUGAUGAAUUGUAUUCACGCUUAAAAAAGAUAUACCAAGUGGUUUUUUUCUUGUGGUAAAUUUUGAAUCUGUUGACAGUUUCUCAACCAAGUCUGACAUUUAUAAGAACUGUUUAGCAGGUAGUAUGCCUGUGGGUUUAGAUGUGUCUGGACUACCUUGUGCAGCGUCUGUAAAUAAAGUUAUAAUACAGAUAUUCCACUGUAAAUACCAUUAAAAAUACAGACAGGCAACUACGUAUACAGUAUGAGUUGCUUUAAAUUCAGACGAACAUACAUACAGAUAGCAAAAGUACAUCUUUUAUAUAUUAUUUUUGUUUCUGACAUGAAAAAAAUAACAUGAGGGGCAGCGGUGGCCGAGUGAUUAAGGUGUCCCGACACUUUAACACUAGCCCUCCACCUCUGGGUUGCGAGUUCGAAACCUACGUGGGGCAGUUGCCAGGUACUGACCGUAGGCUGGUGGUUUUUUCUCCGGGUACUCCAGCUUUCCUCCACCUCCAAAACCUGGCACAUCCUUAAAUUACCCUGGCUGUUUAUAGGACGUUAAACAAAACCAAACCAAACCAAAGUUUCGGACAUGUAGACAGACAAAUAUGCACAUUUAGUGUUCUCCAUGCAGUCAGCAUACUUGGACAUACAGACAGACAACCACGAGUCUCUUUUAAGCCAUAUGUGCCUUUAAUCUUGUCCUGCCACAAACAAAAUGUUGACACAAUAUUCCUUUUUAUGGAGAAAUAUGUUAACAGGGUUUAUUUUUGUACACAUGCAUUUUAUCAUGCUAACAUGUCAUCACAAUCAGAAAUCAUCAUUAUACAUAAGUUAUGAACUCGUGUUUCUUCCAAAUCUAGUGUAUAAUGAUGAUCUGUAUUUUAAUUAGAUUGAAUGGUAUCACAUCUUUGCUUUACAUUUUGCAGCUGUCAUCUUUGUUGCUGUCAGUCUUGCCAUAUUGAAAAUGGUGUUGUAAUUCUGAAAACAUACUUUUGCAGUAAAACUGUAUUUUUUCUCACUUAAACAAACUUCUAUCUUAUAAUAUUGGGCCAUCAGACUACUAGCUCGUUACUUUGUAUCAAGAGUGAAAGAGUUUUAAUGCCUGUAUCAGAUAAUUUAAGACCUCGUUUUGAGGACAAGGUGUUGUUCAUUGAGGACAAUUCCAAUUUUAUGAUUAAUCCUACAUCACUAACGUUAUACACAGUUUUUACCAUGAUAUAUUAUUAUAUAUGCAAUAAAACUAAUAUUCUAAAAUAG